AUGAAUUUUGACCAGAAGGCCGUUAAAUUCCUGGCAAAUUUUCACAUCUAUGGAGGCAAACACUGGACCCACGGCCCCCUGAGACAGAUGACACUUCUGCCUUCCCUGUACCUCCCGGGCGACAGGAGGCCCGGUGCUGCUGUGCUGCUGUCAGGCCUGGAGCUGGAGCUGGGGGCCGCCUGGGGUGAGAGGUGGCCCCCAGGGGUGCAGGAGCUUCCAGCAGGCCCCAGGAUGCACAUGGGCCUCCUCUCCGGGCCCCCGCCCGCCUGCGCCUGGACCCGGAAGGAGCCGUUGCUGGAGCGACGCCCUCCCGUCGGGACCGACCUGGAUGUCCCCGGCCCCACCAGGUACCAGGUGCCAGAUGCUUCCAUACGCUCGUCCUUCCCACACCCUCACUUCAGCAUCGGCCGCAAGCACCCCCCCCCCACGGGCGGUGGCCGCAGGGCCUGGCAGACCAUGUGGUUCCAGAGCGAAAGCCCCUUCACCCAGAAAGCUGACUUCAACCGAGAGCAAAAGUGGCCGUCACCUGCCGACUACCAGCUGCUCAGCCCGCCUGCAGGGCCGGCCUUCAGCUUUGGGGGCCACCCCGGCUCCAGGCCCCCCCGGGCCAGAGCCCGCCCCGGGCGGCUGCAGGCAUGGGGUGUGGGGCCCUGGGCCCAGCGCCCCCUGCAGCCCCCUCCUCCAGCCCCACGGGACGAGACGGGCCCCAGCCCCAACAGCUACAACAUCCUUCCUGGGUGCCGUCUGCGGAGCCCAAGCCCGCCCGCCUUCUCCAUGAGCCGCUCGCCGCUGCUGGCCUCCUGGGUGGGCUCCUCCUGCACCCCGGGCCCCGCUGCCUACGACGUGGAGGACCGCUACAGCACACGCUUCCCCUGGGCACCCCGGGCGGUCAUCCAAGGCGUGCGAAGACCCAAGCGCCACGACACGGGCCCCUUCUGCACACUCUAGAGCCCACCGGGUG